CUGAGGCCAACUCCCAGGAGCAGCGAGAGGAAAACAACCUGGCUCCACUUAGACAAUUAACAAAGGCGCGAGACCGGGCCGCCCCUUCCUGCCGCACGCACGCGCGCAGCGUGGGCAGAGCCGUGUGAGCCCGCGCCCUCCGCGGGGACAGCCGCUCGGAGGCCCGGCGAGGCGUGGGUCCCGGCAGCCCGACGCCCCUUCCGCCCUGGCUGCGCAGUCCCCGGGGCGGCCGAGCUCCGCGCGCGCGUGAGCUCCGGCACCUUGCAGGCGCGAACCUGCUGGCAUGGCCGAUCGUGGGGCCGAUGAGCCAUCCUCCAGGACAGAGAGUCCGGAUGGAGAAAGUCGGGUCUCUGAGGACAGGUGGUCACUCCAUCAGAGGCUGGCCAUCAGGGAGCUCAUUGACACCGAGGUCUCCUACUUGCACAUGCUCCGGCUCUGCGCCUUGGACAUCAGGAGCCGCCUGAAGCAGCUGCCACAGGGAGAUCUGGAUGUCUUGUUCUCAAACAUCGAUGACGUCAUCAAGGUGAACAGCAGAUUUCUUCAGGAUCUGCAGGGGACAGACGCCAUGGAAGAGAAACAAGUGCAGCUAAUUGGUAACUUAUUCCUGGAAUUCCAAGAGGAAUUGGAGCGAGUCUAUAAGGUCUACUGUGCCAACUAUGACCAGGCCUUGCUGCUGGUGGAGUCGUACCGAAGGGAGCCAGAGCUGCAGCGGGAGAUCCAGGCCAUCAUUGAGGCAGUGGUGCCACAAGCUGGACCCUCAGGCCUCAGUUUCUUACUGGUCAUCCCUCUGCAGAGGAUUACCAAGUACCCACUGCUGCUGCAGAAAAUUCUGGAGAACACACUUCCCGAUGCCAGAGCCUAUUCUGUUCUCCAGAGGGCUACCUCUGCCCUCCAGGACGUGAACACCAACAUCAACGAGUACAAGCGGCGCAAGGAAGUGGCUUCCAAGUACACCAAAGUGGAGCAUCUCACCCUCCGGGAGCGGCUGGCCCGCAUCAACACGCACACCCUCUCCAAGAAGACCACCCGGCUGAGCCAGCUGCUGAAGCAGGAGGCGGGGCUCGUGUUGAGGACAGAAGACAAGGAAUUUGAUGACUUGGAAGAGAGGUUCCACUGGGUGUCGCUGUGUGUGACUGAGCUGAAGAACAAUGUGGCAGCUUACCUGGACAAUCUGGAGGCUUUCCUCCGCUUCCGGCCGCAGCAAUAUGACCUGGACAUGCCCGCGGGGCCUGUGGGGCAGUAUUGCAACCUGGCAAGAGACCUUCAGCUCCAGGCCUUCCCUGAGUUUAAGCAGCGGCUGGAAGACCUGGUGGGGCAGCCGCUGUGCAGCCUGGCCAAAGCACUGGCCGGUCCUCAGAACCUGAUCAAGAAACGCCUGGACAAACUACUGGACUUUGAGCGGCUGGAAGAGAAGCUGCUGGAGGAGGGCAGCGUGACCUACGAGGAGGAGGAGGCCCGGCACACGUACCAGGCACUCAAUUCCCUGCUGGUGGCUGAGCUCCCGCAGUUUAACCAGCUGGCCGUGCAGUGGCUGGGCCAGAUCCUGGGCACAUUCGUGGCUCUCCAGAGGGACCUUGCGAAGCAAGUGUUGCAGCGGGCAGAGAGCAGCUUGGCCCAGCUGCCCCACCACCACCUCUCGGAGCCGGCCUUCAGGAAGCUGGUGGAGGAGGCACUGGGCCAGACCGGUCACCAGCUUCGCUCCUUUCAAGAGAACUUCGAGAAAGUGCUGACACCUCCCACUGUUCAACCACUCCUUCCAGGGGCUGAACGUCAGGUGCAGGCUCUCCUGACCAAGUAUGGCCCAGGAAAGCUGUACCAGGUGACAAGCAACACCAGCGGGUCUAGGACUCUGGACCUGUCAUUGCCUCGGGGCCAAAUCGUGGCCCUCCUGCAAAACAAGGACACCAAAGGCAACAGCAGCCGCUGGCUGGUGGACACCGGGGGACAUCGAGGGUACGUGCCAGCUGGGAAACUGGAGCCGUACCAGACCGUCCCCCGGGAGGAGAAGCUCAGGGGGCAGGCGGGGCCUCGCGAGGACUCCCGGCAUCCAACACCGGAGCCCACCCCAGCCCUAGUUGCCGCCGUCCCAACCGGGACCCAGGUGGUCGCAAUGUACCCCUUUGUGGCCAGAAACAGCCAUGAAGUGAGUCUGCAAGCAGGCCGGCCAGUGACUGUCCUGGAGGCCCCGGACAAGAAGGGGAACCCGGAAUGGAGCCUCGUGGAAGUGGACGGACGGAGGGGAUAUGUGCCUUCCAGCUUCCUGGCCAGGGCCCCGAGCCCGGCUCCCUGGGGCUGGAGUGUGCCCUCCUAGGCUGCCCUCCUUGGAGCCCAAGUUGCCAAGGGAUGAGGAGGAUUAGGGGCUGUGAUCCCAGGAGGGAAGAGAAGAAAGAGCAGGCAGGGUGGAGGGGAGAGAGGCCAGCAUGGGGUGGGUGAAGGGCACCCAGAGGGCAGCCAGAAGAGUUGGGCGCUGCCCUUGCACAAUGCCUGGUGUGGGCGGGCGCGGAAGGCUCCAGCCAGGACGGCUUAGAUGUCUUCCUGAAGAGGUUGUUCCAGCCUGUAGUCACAGCAUGGAGGAUGGCAGGUCAAGUUGAUAAGGAUUUGCCGUAGCUAAUGGCCAGUCCUACCGGGGCCCCCAUCUGGGCCUGCCCAUGGAGAGGGCCACCCAGGUAAAUGUCACCUGUGUGCUGUGUGGGUGUAGGGAGGGGCGCUGGAAAAGCCCAGGGCUGCUGGCCUGACAGUUCACUUCCUACACGUGGUACCAGGAGGCACCGCGGCCGACCGGUCGGUCGUCUUCAGUUCUCCAUGCUGGGAGUGAGGCAUCUUGGGCAGUGAACCCCUGAGAGCCCUCUCUAGUUGGGAAGCAGGUUCUUGUUGGGACAGCGGAGAGGUUCCCAGGACAGUCUUGCCCAGGCCUGGCAGUGGGUGUGGCCAAGUCACAGUUCUGGAAUGUGUGUAGGUACAUUCAGAGCCCGUUCCAGGGAAGAGAUUUGGAGGGUGUGUUAGGUGGGGUGUGCGAGGCUGUUGCCAAGCAGUUGCACACUGUUGCUGUGUUCUCUGAAUAGGGGACAAAGGGACAUGCAAAUCCCAAAGGAAACUGAAGCAGGUGAUUACAGGCCCGGUGGGUGGGGAGGUUAGGUCAUGGCUUGGUUUCCUGUUUCUGGAAGCGGGGGAACCCCGGUGGUUUCAGGAGGCCACUGAGGGCCUGGAGCACCAGUGGACUGAUGUCAGGUGACUGUGGGACCUUCCACUUGGGACACAACCUCAGGUUUCCCGUCCAUAAAGCCCUAACUCACAGGACUGCGGUGAGAUUGGCAUGAGGCGAAGGACAUGGAAGCUCCUUGCAAAUGGUGAAGUGCAUAUAAAUGUGAGUUACAUUUAAGUGCAUAUAAAUGUGAGUCAUAUAAAUGUGAGUUACAUUUAUAAGUUACAUUUAUAAUAUAAGUGCAUAUAAAUGUAAGUUACAUUUAAGUGCAUAUAAAUGUGAGUCGGUAGCAGGAUGUGCCGGAAGUGGUCUCAGGUUGGCCCCCACAUCAGCAUUUGUUCUGCUACUUCCCGUGCCCUCGGCAGGCAUUGCUAAUCCACUCGGCAUUCUUUCCCAUAAACCCAGGGUCUGCCGCAGGCUCCUUCUCAAUGCUGCAGUCCAGGAGCCAAACUCGUGAACUUGGUGAGAUCAAACCUAUUGUCAUCGCUUCCUAGAACCUGGAAAUGGAAGCCCCUCAAUAAAGACUGACCCAUUGGGGCAAUUUUGGAUGCAGCUGCUGUUGAAUCACCUCUAGGAUGUCACUGUGGGGCUAAGAUAAAUGGUGAGGCUCACAGGAGAACACAAGGGUGACCCAGCAUGAUCUUGAAUACAAACGACAGAAUUUGGGGCCAACCCAAGUUAGUGUGUCUGUAAAAACGGGUGGCAGUUGAGACUUCUUUCCAAGAACAUCUCUGUUGUUAUAACCGCAGUGCCUGGAUUGUGGAGGGCUUUUGAGAUGUGUAUACUAGUACACGCCUGUGCCAGACAGUCUGCACCUCACCUCCUCUGGGCUUGAGAAAGCGUGAAGAAUGCAGAAUGCAAGGGGACCUGGUCCCCACAAUUCCUUUCCCGGCUCCAGUUCACUUUACAUGACGCUCUUGAUUCAUUUUCCGUUCUCUCUCCUGCUCAGAUUUCUGAUACAAAUAGGAAGCAGAGGGGAGCAGAUAAUAAAAUAAAUCCACCUGUGGUCCCACCGUACCUACCAAGAGCCUGCCCUGGGCUAGAACCCUCGCUCAGGGUUUCUCAGCUCAGGGCCGCUCACUGCAGUCACCUGGGCAGCUCUCCACUGUGCCCACCCGGAGAUUCUGAUGGAAUUGGCCUGGGGAGUGGUCUGGGCCUCAGGACCUCAGGACGCUCUCCAGGUGCUUGGUGUGCGGCCAGGUUGGGAACCUCUGCCCGAGGCACGCAGUGGUGGACAGGAGAGCCCUGGGAUCGGAAAUGGCCACGAGCUGUAAGCCAGGACGUGCCCCUCUGUGCCUUGUGCCAGCUCAGUGGCUUUGAACAGGCAGCUUCAGAGGUGGUUUGUGACAGGACAGCCUGUUCUGUCAGGUCCCAGAAUGUAUAUUUAAUAAGUGCCGUUAAAAGGGACCUGCACAAAAUUGGAUGUUCUUGUAGGUACAGGGGAGGACACGGAAAUACACUUGGAACUAAAUGGCUCUCAUGAAGGGAAAAUAAAAAUGUAUCAGUAGCACAUGGGGUACGGUAUCUCGUGGACCAGGGGGUGAGAGUGAAAGUCACUGAAGGGUGAGAAAAUGCGUCUUGAGAAGAUGGAGAAUGGCCUGAGUGUUCUCCGGGGACUGCAUAAUGUGCUCCUUCCCCCCAAUGCCCAGGACCACUGCACUGUGUCUUGUUUAUUUCCCUGUUGAGCUUGCUAAGGUAUUUGCCCAUGAACCGAACAAUACUUCUAAGAGUGGAAGACCGAUCACAGGGGUGUCCCUUGCUCCCUGCAGCGGAGUGACUCCUCUCUAACCUUCUGGGCCCCAGCCCAGUUUUGGACACGAGGACAAGAUUACAAUAUCAAAGGGAGAAUGAGUGGAUUCUCGGUGAAUGUGAUGAGCUCUAGCUUGGUGAAUAACUGAUGUGAACCAAUGGGAAUAAAGGACUUCAAAGAUAAAAAUGCCUCUUGAAUUUGAGUGUCUCUAACCAUUGGAUAGUCAGAUUCCCCAGGGUGACAUUGGUUCUCUGGGCACUUGCUACACCUAAAAGCGGCACCUCCUUCAUUCGUGUGUUCACUUAAGGAGUGUCUACAGCGCACCUUGGGUGCCUCCUGGAGUUGGCCUUAGCUGGUGGGGAUACAGCAAGAAGUCAGACAGUUGGGGGCCCUGGCCUCCCAAAGCCCACAGUCUGGUGAGAGAGGCCAGUCAACAGUCAGUUACAUGCAGUGUGAGUGUUGGGGCAA